GGAGGCUCUGUCGUCGAGUCACAUCCCCGACAAGGCUGAGUCUCGGUCGGCUCCAUCCGACAGCAGCAUCAUCAGCAUCAUCAGCAGCAACAGUGAGAAGGGAACCAUCCCCAGAACCUCAUUGAGGAGCUUAUUCACGACAACUUCUUCAACGUGACGCACUCUUCUUCUUCUUCUUCCUCCUCUCGCCUCCUUACUCCUCACUCGGGCUGUAGUCAACUUCCUUCCAUCCUCCGAGGAACUUCUUCUUUCUGUAUGGUGCCAAUUAUCGGGGGCUUGGCGUUGAGAACCUCCUUGGCCGCCGCUGACCCUGUUAGCCAUCUUUAAUGUCAACUCCCCAGUGCCCAAGUGGAAGGAAUUACUUCGCUUUUAGUCUCCAAUCGGGGGAAAAAAAUGCAGACGGGCGCAGCAGAAUGCCGAGCUUGACUGCACCGUGGUGAAACGAGCUUGUGGACUGUGCGGAUAUAAAAAACCCUAAGGGGUUUUGACAUUUCAGAUUUUUUUUUUAAUUAUUUAUUUAUUUAUUUUACUUCUUCUGGCCGGAGAGUGUUUUUGGAGCAGAGCGGGGACAAAGAAGGGGGGGGGACGCAGAUGAUGGUGUGGUGCCGCUCAGGCGUACGUAGAGCCUUGGCUCUCCUGGCGCUCCUGGGCCUCCUGCUUCCCGUUCGAGAGGGGGGCUGCUCGGGGCCCGAUGGCGGUGGCGGCUCUGGGGACGCCGACGAGUCCCUGCUGCACCCUGAUGCAACCUCCCGGGGGGACCUGCAUAGGCACAAACGCAGCUGGGUAUGGAACCAGUUCUUCGUGCUAGAGGAGUACACGGGGAACGAGCCUCUCUACGUCGGAAAGCUUCACUCUGACGUGGAUAAAGGCGACGGCAAGGUGAAGUACGUUCUGUCGGGCGAGGGCGCCGCCUCCAUCUUCACCAUCGACGAGAACACGGGCGACAUCCACGCCACCAAGAGACUGGACCGGGAAGCCCAGGCCUACUACACGCUUCAGGCUCAAGCGGUGGAUCGACUCACCAACCUGCCGGUGGAACCCAGGUCUGAGUUUGUCGUCAAGGUGCAAGACAUCAACGAUAAUGAGCCCAGGUUCCUGGACGGGCCGUACUUCGCUGGAGUCCCUGAGAUGUCCCCCCUUGGAACUAUGGUGGUGCAAGUGGCGGCCACGGACGCCGACGACCCCACGUACGGGAACAGCGCCAGGGUGGUGUACAGCAUCGUGCACGGGCAGCCGUACUUCUCCGUGGAGCCCAAGACAGGUGUCAUCAGGACCGCUUUGCCCAACAUGGACCGGGAAACCAGGGACCAGUACGUGCUCGUCAUCCAGGCUAAAGACAUGGUCGGCCAGAUGGGCGGACUCUCGGGGACCACAUCAGUCACAGUCACCCUCACCGACGUCAACGACAAUCCUCCUCGCUUCCCUCACAAAGUCAACCAGUACACCGUCUUGGAGUCGCUCCCUGUUCAGUCGGUGGUAGCCCGGAUCAAAGCGUCUGACGCGGACGUGGGUCCAAACGCUGAAAUGGACUACCGUAUCAUGGACGGCGACGGACCCGGUCUCUUCAACAUCACCACAGAUGAAACCACGCAGGAGGGCGUCGUCCUCCUUCUAAAGCCUCUCGACUUUGAAACCAAGAGCAGCUUCUCUCUGCGGGUGGAGGCCACCAACAGGAACAUCGACUCCAACUUCCUGAGUCUGGGCCCCUUCAGCGAUACGACGGCGUUGAAGGUGACGGUGGAGGAUGUGGACGAGCCGCCGGUUUUUUCUGCACCGCUCUCCAAGAUGUCCGUCUCGGAGGAUGUGCGGGUGGGGACGUCCAUCGGGCGGGUGUCGGCACACGACCCGGACACCUCCAACAACGGUAUCAGGUACUCCAUCGACCGCAAUACCGACAUGGAACGUUUCUUCAACGUGGACGCGCUCAGCGGCAUCAUCAGCACGGCCAAGCGUCUGGACCGGGAAGCCAACUCGGUGCACAACCUCACCAUCCUGGCCAUCGAGAGCCAGGACCCCAACCAAAUCGGUAAAGGUUUGGCUAUUGUGACCGUGUUGGACGUGAAUGAUAACGCUCCUGUUUUCGCCAUCGACUACGAGACACUGCUCUGUGAAAACACCACACCUGGAACGGUGAUCCAAACCGUCAGCGCAGUGGACGAGGACGAACCUCAAAAUGGUCACCGUUUCUACUUCGCCUUGGACGCCGCCGUGGCCGGAAACCAAAACUUCACGCUCCGAGAUAACAAAGACAACACGGCAUCCAUAUUGACCAAGCGAGGUGGCUUCCGGAGGCGGGAACAACCCGUGUACCGUCUCCCGGUGCUUAUCGUGGACAGCGGUAGCCCGGCGUUGAGCAGCACCAACACAUUAUCGGUGCGUGUGUGCGAGUGCGACGCUGACGGCGUGGCCUUAUCUUGCGGCGCCGUGGCCUACACGGCGACCGGACUGAGCACCGGCGCCCUCUUGGCUAUUCUAGGCUGCAUCAUCACACUGCUGGUGAUGGUGCUGUUGAUCGUGACGAUGCGUCGCAGGCGGAAGGUGCCUCUCAUCCUGGAGGAGGAGCGAGACAUCCGAGAGAACAUCGUCCGCUACGACGACGAAGGCGGCGGCGAGGAGGACACCGAGGCCUUCGACAUGGUCGCCUUACGUAACCUCAACGUCAUCAGAGACCCCAGCGUACGCCGAGACGUCACUCCGGAUACGCCCACCUUCUUCCAGUACACCGCUCCGUCCCGCCCGGCUUAUAAGUCCCUUCCGGAUAACGUCGUCUUCAGGGAGUUCAUCUGGGAACGCCUGAAGGAUGCCGACGUGGACCCGUCGGCGCCGCCGUACGACUCGCUGCAAACGUACGCCUUCGAGGGCAGCGGCUCGGUUGCCGACUCGCUGAGUUCGCUGGAGUCGCUGAGCACGGACUCGGAUCAGAACUACGACUACCUCAGCAACUGGGGGCCGCGUUUCAAGAAGCUGGCCGACCUCUACGGAAAUGACGGCGUCUUCUCGUAGCGUCCAUUUUGAAAUGAGUCAUUUCUUGCGAUUCAGUCUGCCUUAUCAUCGGGAGAGAGUCAACGACAAAGACGGAAGACAUUUUUGGGGUUUGUUUACGUCCUGGGAUGGAUUUGACUGGGAAAAACGGGAAAGGUUUGACUUUAGGAACGCUGACUGCUAAUUCCAAGCAGGAAUUGUCCGUCUUUCCGGGCGGUCCCUGUCCUUCCAUAGGAAGGGGGAAAUGUCUUUGCUGGCAUAUCAGUGUCAUUUGUAUGUGUUUUCCGGGAAG